AUGAUCUCUGCUGAAGAUUCAGAAAGGUACCGCAUGGACAUGAAUAACUACAACGAUUACAAUAAUCUCAAGAUUCAGAGAGGAGGAUCUGUUGUUGGGCAACAAUCAUCCUUUCCAUCCGAUAGGAGCACUACUUCAUCAUCUCCUCUUUCUCAUCAUAGCUCUGAUCAACAAUAUCGUGAGAAUUAUCCACAAUUUUCAUCUCAACCACAAAAGCCUCCUUUCAUGAUGCCAAUGCAACAACCACAACCACAACAACAACCAUUCGGAAAUGGGAGAUCAGGAGGAGGCUUGAAUCAACCACAACCACAACCACAACAACAACAGACUCCUCCUCCUUUUUCAUCUGGUUCUCAUCCAAUGCAUCAAUCCCAAAAUCAAUCUCAGCCAUAUAUGCACGAUUCCUAUUAUUCGAAUCAUCCCAUGAUGAACAACACAACUCCAUCAGCCAAUCAUCAUUGGAACGGAACUUCUUCAGCUCAUUGGGAUCAUCCACAAUCAUCCUACACUUAUCAAGAUCAAACAUCAUCACCACCCGAACAAUACCAAUCACAACAACAACAACCUCCACCACAGAAAGUAGGAGGACUCUUCAGAAGUGGCGGCAGUGGUGGUUCUCUCAACGCUUCACCUGGAACGAGCUUCUCUUCAGCACAACCCAUGUACUCCUCUUCAGCACAGGCUACACAACUCCCUCAAACAACAACAACAACAACAACUAAUAUGAAUUCAUGGAUGGGUCAGCAACAACAAGGAACAAGUGUUGCUGGUCAGCAAGCCACCCCACAGAUGCCACCUCCCACUCAGCCUCCAUCGUUCCAACCUCCCAUGAUGCAAGGCAAUUCCCCUCAGAAUGGCAUGUUGAAAAAUCAACCCAAACCAUUUUCUUCACAACCUUCACAGCAAUUUCCUUCCAUGACUGGACAGAAUGGUGGAACUCCUGUAGCACUACCUCCUUUCGAACCAAUGGUUCAAGGCAAUGCCAUGGUGCAACCACAGUUACAACAGGAGUCAAAAGGACUUGUUGGAAGCCAUGCCUUCAAUAACUUGUCCAUUCCAACAAGUCAGCCAUCAUUGUUGGGUGGAGAACAAAAAUUGGAGGAACUUGCUGCUGCCUACGAAAAAGAGAUUGAACAAUUGAAAAAUUACAAUGCUGAACUCAGAAACAUGGUCGACUCGGAGAAGAACCUUAUUGAAAAGUUUAAAACCAUAGUUGAGAAAGUUGAACAGUCUAAUCAAUAUGGAAGUGUCAUGCAGAGUCAAAUGUCACAGUCGUCCUACCCACUCGAAAAUUCAUUUAUUCAACAAGGUUAUCCAAACAUCAAUCAGGGUUAUUCUCGUUAUGAACAGCAACAACAACCACAACAGCACUAUAACAACUCACAAUCGUAUGAUCAGCAACAGCAGAUAAUUUACAACCAAGGAAAUAACUAUUCCUCACAAGGAUAUCAAAAAUAA